AUGGCGCUACCGGUGAAUUUUGUUUGUCUGUUAGGUAAUAUUCGUUCGUUGACAAAAGGUGAAUCAAAAUGUAAAAAUUUAUUUGUGAGUAAAAGCAGGGAAAAGUUAUUCAAACAAGAAAAUAAGAGAGAAGAACUACAGGUGAAAAAUGGAUUUUCCUCAAACCAUAUUCGAAUAAGACAAAAAACAAAAGAGAAAAAACUUUCUUUUACUAUCAAGGGUGAGGAGGGUCUGUCCAGUUGGGAGUUUUACACUCCGUAUGCAGCGAACACCAACGAGCAGAACAUUCUAUCACAAUCGUAUGGAGAUAGUGACAUGAGUAUAAAUAAGAUGUUGCAUUGUGUUGGAGUCGGUCUCUUCCACUGCCAGCAAGAGAAACCAGCUCUGAAGAACAAAUACUAGUAUCUGUUGAAAUUGUGCCUUAACAAAAAAUGUAAGUAUUUUUUUUUCUUGUGGGUUACGCGCUCUCUCUCUUUUCAGAUGGAUUAAAAAAAAAUUAAAGCAACGUCUCUAAUCACAGAGAGAAAACCAAUAACAAAAAUACCAUAUCUACCUUUGAAUACUCUGAGGGCUAUAAAGAAGGCAAAAAUAGUCAAUUCCAAAUUCGGAGAAUCAGUUUUAUUGGAUUUAGAUACAGAAGUAGUGUUUUUACUGCAAAGAGUCACAAGUGUCUACAAACCAGUCAUUGAAGAAUUUGAAAAGGAAAAAUACGGAAUUAUAUUCAAGGGAUUAGUGGAUGUUUGAAAAAAUCCACGGCUAGCGUCAUUUGAAAUUGAGGAACUAUAGACGUGCCUAAGACACAGAGAGAGAGAGUCAUUAAAAAUGUCAGAAAAAUAUUGUUUGAUAAGAUAACGGAUAGAGAUGUGGAAAUUUGGUUGAAUCAAUUGAAAAAACAAAUUAAAGUAUGUAAUUUGACAAUUAAAAAAGGAGGACUGCAUGUAGGUACAAUUAGGAAAUUACAAACAUACAUAGGACAUUUCAAACAUUUUAAACAACUUAUUUCAAAUAGGAAUAUAGGUAUGGGGCUGAAUAAUAAACUGAAAAAUAGGGUUAAAUGGGAAAAUGUAGCUUCUGCAUUUACAAGAAGAAUUAAAACCGGACUUAUAGUAAAUUUAUAUCAUAAGGACUUAACGCAAUUUUUAAAUGAUUGUCAAAUAAUUUUUAAAAAUAAAAUAAGGGAAAUUUUUAGGAAAAAAUAUUCUGUUGUUAAAGUUUAUGUUUGUUUUUGUGGAGAGUUCAUUAUUUUAUGACUAAAAAUUCUAUUAUCGAUGUAUCAGAGUGUCAAAGAUAAAAUUAAUUUUAAAUUAUCAGAAUUUCAAGAGAGGGACUCUGGUUUUGCAUUAAGUAAAAUUAUUUCUUUAGAAGUAAAUAUCAAUAAAUUUGAAAUUGGAAACGGCUCAUCUUAUAUUAAACUUCCAGAACCUAUUCAAAAAAAGCGAGGGUGCAUAAACAUUAAAAAUUCUGACCAAGCAUGUUUUUAUUGGUCAAUUGUUGAUGCUUUGUACCCAGCCAAAAAUCAUAAAGAACUCACUUCCUCAUAUCCAUAUUAUAGCACAGUCUUGAAUACACAAGACUUGGAAGCUCCGAUGGCCCUGCAUCAAAUUUCAAAGUUUGAAAAAUCUAAUAACAUUUCCGUCAAUGUCUAUGCCUUGGAUUUAAUUGAAAUAAAUAAUAAAAAACCAUUUUACAAAGUAUAUCCAGUAAGACUUGCUAAAUCAAUACACGAGAAACAUGUAAAUCUUUUAUUAAUUCAAAAUACAUAUUUUCCAAAGCUAAACGAUUAUGAAGCACCUCCUAUAGAUAAUGACAAUUCAGAAAUCACAUAUCACUACUGCUGGAUCAAAGAUUUGUCACGUUUAAUUAAUAGUCAGUUAAGUAAAACUACAUAUAAAAAAUUUAUUUGCAAUCGCUGCAUAAAUUAUUUCAGUAGUGAAAGUAAAUUGAAUGUCCACUUGAAAUUAUGCUCUGAAUUAAAUAAUUUUAAAAUGUCUUUUCCAAAAUAUGAAUCUGUUAGUUUUAGAAAUUAUAUAUAUAAACAAACUACGCCUUUUGUAGUUUAUGCCGACUUUGAGUGCAUGCUAGAACAAUUUACAGAUAAAACACAGCUUCAUAAUAAGACAAAUAAAUAUCAAAAACAUAUAGCAUAUAGUGCUGGUUACUAUGUAAAAUGUAGCUACAACGAAGACUUGAGUUUUUUCAAGAGCUACAGAGGUAGAGAUUGCAUGGAUUGGUUUGCAAAUGAAUUAUCGAAUUUAGCUGAAAGUAUUAAAUCAGAAAUUAAAACUAUUACACCUAUGGAAGAAAAACCAGAUUUACGUGUGGCAACAAUGUGUCACAUAUGUGAAAAGGGUUUUUCCCCUACAGAUAUCAUUGUUAGAGAUCACGAUCAUUUUACGGGGAAGUUUAGAAAUUUUGCACAUCAAGCAUGCAAUUUAAAUUUCAAAAAACUGUUUGUUGUACCUACAGUUUUCCAUAACUUAAGUAACUACGAUAGCCAUUUCAUCAUUUCGGAAUUAAGUAAAAGAGGAAACAUCAGUUUACACCCCAUAAAUAAAGAAAAAUACAUUUCAUUUACACUUAACGAUUCAGAUACAAAUAUAAAAUUUCGAUUCAUAGAUUCACUGAGGUUUUUGGGUGCUUCCUUGGAAGAAUUGGCUGCUACAUUGAAUGAUAAUGAUUUAAAAAUUUCCAAAAGAAAAUUUAGUAAUUUAAGUGUCGAACAAUUUAAAUUAAUAGCCAAAAAAGGGGUUUUCUGUUACGACUUUAUAGAUAGUUGGGAAAAAUUAAAUACUUGUGAACUACCACCAAUAGAGGCAUUUUAUAAUAAAUUGGAGGAUAAAAACAUCAGUAUUGAGAAGUAUUCUCAUGCUCAUGCAGUGUGGAAAUCAUUUGAUAUUAAAAAUUUGGGUCAGUAUUCUGAUCUGUACUUAAAGACCGAUGUUUUACUUUUAUCAGAUGUUUUCGAACAAUUUCGAAGAAAAUGUUUUUUUUUCUUUCCACUGGUCAUUGUGAUGUCAUCCUUCAUGUAUAAGUGUUAUACUAUGACAGUCACGAGAGUAAUAUAGAGUUUCAGCGAUAAUGUGAGCUUUUAUUUAAGAAAAAAAGCAGUAAAAACAAUAUUCAUGGAAUGUAUCUCUCUCUCAUAAAUGUAGAAUAUUGUCGUUUUCUUAUAAUAAAAUUAUUUUUAAAAUU